AUGUUUUCUGCAGUAGUAGUAGGAAUGAGCGUUGGUGUUAGAUCCAAAGAUCGCCAAAGCAAACAAGAUGUCUUACAGAACAACAAUUUUGUAUACAUUAUUUACCUCUUACUUUUAAAUUAGAUAAAAAAAUUGACUCGGAGAAAGCAUAGGUCAAGUCAUUAAGUUGAAUAGGAGCACUAGAGUAACGAUUAGGAAGAUCAGUCGUUCGAUGAAGAAGGGAACAUGAUGGAAGAAAAUUUAUCUUUCUCAGAUAGGUCAGGUGAUUCAAAUUAGACUGAUUCUAAACAUGAAUAAUCUUACUCAAACUAGCAAAAUCAUACUUUGGAAUAGAAGCGUGACAAAUCGCCGGGAAAAAAUGACUUUCAGAACAAAAAUAAUAUAGAACAGUUUAGAGAUAGAAGAGCCUCUUUAAGCAGGUCACUUCAUGCGUAAAACAAGGAUCAUCAAGAUUAGUAACUGUUGUUUGAAUACUUUAUUUUGAUGUUGAUCCUCCUCAAUUCAAUUACACUUGCUCUAUAUGAUUACUCUGAUAGAGAUUCUUUGUUACCGUACAAUCAAGCAUUAGAUUAGAUUGGCCAAAUACUAACAUAUUUGUUCACAUUAGAGGCAACCUUGAAAAUUAUUGGAUUCGGUUUCUGCCUCAAGCCUAACUCCUAUAUAAGAGAUGGAUGGAAUAUUAUAGACUUUAUUGUCGUAAUAACAGGAAUAUAAAACGUCCCUGAGUCUCCAGAUUUGUGGAUUCAGGUUCCUGAUACACCUAGAGUCUGCUCAAUAUCUAAUUCAGGAAUAUAUAGUUGCCCCAGUGAAUAUUAUUGCGGCAAUCCAGAACACCUUACAUCACUUGCUAAUGAAAACUUAGAAUCAAAUGUCUUGAUUAAUUUUGGAAUUACUAACUUUGACAACUUGGGAUCUUCUCUCUUAACAGUUUUUCAAAUAGUUUCAACUGAUGGAUGGACCCCAAUUAUGCUUAAUUUGAUGGAUGCUGAAAUCCCGUUUCUAGCAGCUUUAUAUUGUAUACUUCUUGUUAUCACUGCAUCCUUCUUCCUAAUGAAUUUGAUUCUCGCAGUUAUCAUUUAAGCUUUCAUUAGGAUUUAGAGAAAUGAACUAGAAGAGGAUAUUUUAAACUAUCAAGAAUUAUAAAUUGAUGACUUGGACGAAAUUAAAGAUGAUUAAAAUGCUCAAGGAUAGUAAUCUGCAUUGGAUAAAGAACAAUAGAAUAAUAACUCUAUUAAGGAAUAAAAUGUUGACAAUUAAAUAGGCUUUGAUGGUUAAGAGCAUUUCACUGGAGCAGUAUAAGAUAAAAAUUAAGCAUAGUCACCAGAAAAAAUUAAGUCUAACUUGGUUAACAGGAGAGUAAGUUUGACAGUAAAUAUUGAGAAGUCUGAUGCUUCAAAAUCUUAAGCAAUUUAGAGAAAUCCUCUGAUGGAUAGUCUGUAGGUUUUUAAGAUAAGACCUAAUGAUGUCAAAGACUAAACAAAUCAAUAAAGUGAAUAAAAUUCACAAGAACAGUAAAAAUCAGGAUUAUAGCUCUUCUAAUAAAUUCUAAAAAUCAAUAAAGAGGAAAAAUCUAAUUAAACUGGGAACAAGUAAGGCAGAAUGAUGGAUGCCUUUAAUUCUUUCUUUACUAAAAAGAAGGAAGAAUUUAACUCUAAAGAAUAAUACUUCAAUUAAGUUCUGAAAGAGGCGAAGCAAUAGUAUAUGUCUGAAAGUUUGCAUGCAUAAACUACAAAUUUAAGAUAACUUGUACAAUAUAAGCUUAGUUUAAGGCUAUCAAGAUAAGGAACUAAGGCGUUUGAAAGUAAAUUGGAGCGUUCGCUUAACUUUAGAGCUGAGAAUAACAAACUUUACUAUUACUGCUUGAAGAUAGUUAGGAGUAAAUACUUUUCAAGAUUCAUUUCAUUAUUGAUCAUUCUAAAUACAAUUGAUUUAUCCCUUGAUAGAUAUCCUGAGGCUGAAAACGAAUCAAGGAUUUAUGAUUUGAUAAAUACAGUAUUUUCUUUCCUUUUUGUUGGUGAAAUGAUGAUAAAACUCACUGGUUGUGGAUUCAAAAAUUACUUCCUUGAUCCUUUCAAUCUAUUUGACUGUAUAGUAGUUAUAUCAAGUAUGAUAGAUUUUGCAGUAUCUUUAUCUGUUUAAACAGAAACCAACGGAGCAAUAACAGCUUUAAGAGCUUUUAGACUAAUUAGAGUUUUUAAACUAGCUAAAUCAUGGAAAAAAUUUCAUAAUCUUUUAAAAACAAUGGUCAGAACAUUAAAAGACAUUAGCACUUUCUCUAUUUUACUGUUUUUGUUCAUGUUUACCUAUUCACUCCUUGCAAUGGAACUUUAUGCAAAUAAAGUAAAAUUUGGUCCUGAUGGUACUUAUGAUUUAGUUAACGGAUAAUCUACAAAUACCAAUUUUGAUGACUUAGUAUCAGCUUUUACAACCGUUUUUAUCAUUCUAACAAAUGAUGGCUGGGCAGGAAUAUUCUUUGACUGCUACAGAUCUGUUGGUUCAACUGUUUCCAUUGUUUUCUUUAUAAGUUUGAUAAUUUUUGGCUAAAAAAUCCUCUUAAAUUUAUUCUUAGCUAUUCUAUUGGAAAACUUUGAUGAGGAAUCUCUAAAUUAAGAUAUUAAAGAUUAAUUGUAAGAUGCUGAAGAAAGAUAAAAGCAUAAGAUUACUUUGCUUCAAAAGGUUAAGAUGAUUUUCUAAAGAUGCUUUUAAAAGUGCUAAUAAAGAAGAAAGAAGAAAUUAAAUGAGUCAUUAAAUCUUAAUGGUACUUUAAAUAAUUCUCAAAGAGUAGGGAUGCUUCCAGAGAUUUCUAUUUCUAAAGAUGAAACAACAAAGCCUAAUCAUGCUUCUUUAUUAUUUGGAUCUCUUAAAAAGAGCAAUGAUUCUACAGUUCCUAUACCACCAUCAACUCCAGUUACUCCAACUAGAAAAAAAAGAAAGCAUACUCGUAGAUAAGGACCACCAAUGAAAGGAAUUACAUUAGGAAUAUUAGGACCUAGAAGUAAAUUUAGACGAGUAAUAUUUACCAUAGUAAAUAAUUCAAAGUUUGAAUUCUUUAUCAUUUUGGUCAUUUUAAUUUCAGGUGUAUAGCUCGCACUUGAAAGGCCUCUUAAUGAUCCAAAUAGUGAUUUAAUCAUGACACUAAAGUACAUUGAUGUAGGUACAACAAUCAUAUUCUGUUUGGAAUGUAUCAUGAAAGUAAUGGCAUUUGGACUAAUCUUUAACGGUAAACGAAGUUAUCUUAGAAAUUCUUGGAAUAUUGUUGAUUUCUCUAUCAUCAUAUUCUCAAUUAUCUCUUUAACGCCAUUGUCUGACGCAUUUAAAACAUUCAAAAUGCUAAGAGUUAUUAGAGGAAUUAGGCUUAUAAGCAGAAAUGAGGGACUAAAAGUAGCUGUAAAAGCAUUGAUACAGGCUAUUCCUCAGAUAGCUAACGUAACUAUCAUUACACUCUUGUUCUUUUUAAUAUUUGGAAUCAUAGCUGUAAAUUUCUUCAAAGGUAAAUUCUUUUUUUGUAACUCAGAUUCAAAUCCUCCUGAGCUAAAAAUUUUAAUUAUCGACAAAUGGUCUUGUCUGAACACUGGUGGUAUUUGGAUGAAUAAACCUUGGACUUUUGACAACGUUAUUGAGGCAAUGAAGUCCUUGUUUCAAAUGUCAACAACAUCAGGAUGGUCAGAUAUAAUGUUCAUGAGUUUAAAAGUUGGAGAGAUAGAUUAAGUUUAAAAUGAAAAAACUGGAUUAUACUGGAUAAUUUUUCACAUUAUCUUUAUUAUUGUUGGUGCAUUUUUCUUGCUUAAUCUAUUCGUUGGUGUUGUGAUAAGUACAUUCAAUAGAGAGAAAGAUAAAAUAGGAGGCAAUAAUCUUCUUACCGAUAGUUAAAAGUAAUGGCUUGAUACUGUAUAGAUUACUCUUAAGGCAAGACCGAUAAAAAUUUUAAAUAAACCUAGAAAUAGAUUUAGAUAGGUAUUUUAUAAGGUCUAAAAGUUAGUGUGGUUUGAUAGAGUUAUCUUUGUUUGUAUUCUUCUGAAUACUCUUAUUCUUAUGAUUAAGUUCUAUAGAUAGUAGCCAGAUGUUCAAACAGCAACAGAUAGUUUAAAUUAUAUAUUCACAUUUAUCUUUACUAUGGAAGCAGUUAUUAAGAUAAUUGCAAUUGAUAAAUCUUACUUUGAAGAUAAUUGGAAUAAUUUUGAUUUUGUCAUAGUUAUUGGGUCCAUAAUCAGCUUGAUCAUUUCAGCAUUUUCUUCAUUAAAGCUAGGAGGUGCAACAACGAUUAUUAGGGCUUUUAGAAUUACUAGAAUAUUUAGAAUUGUUAAGAGAGCUAAAACGUUAAGAACAGUGUUCAAUGCUUUCAUCUUCACAAUACCAGCUUUAGCAAAUGUAGGAGGACUACUAUUGCUACUUCUCUAUUUGUAUUCUAUUGUUGGAGUAAUACUUUUUGGCGACAUAAAAAGAAAUGGAAUAAUUACCGAUUCUCUUAACUUUGAGACAUUUCCUAAUGCAUUUGUAACAUUAUUUGUUGUUUCAACUGGUGAUGCCUGGGAUCAAAUAAUGAAUGCCUCCAUACGAAAUAGGUCAAUAGAUUAUCAGUGCAAACACAAUCCUACUUACUAAGAUUUUAUCGACAACAACAAGGAGCCUAUAGGGUGUGGUUCAGUUGAAAUCGGAUUAUUUUACUUUUACAGCUACAUAUUAUUAGUUAACUUGAUAUUCUUAAAUCUUUUCAUUGCAAUUAUUUUGCAAGGAUAUGAAGAUACAUAACAAAAGGAAAACAAAUUAUUCAAUUAAGAUACAAUGGAUCAUUUUAGAUAGUGCUGGUCACAAUUUGACCCGCAUGCCACGACUUACAUAAAAAUUGCAGAUCUAAAAGAAUUUUUGUUUGCUCUAGGAAAGCCACUUGGCUGGAAUGAGAAGAUGAGAGAUAAGCCAUCAACCUAGGACAGAUUUAUUGCAAAUCUUGAAUUACCAAUCCUGAAUGAUUUUAAAGACUAUUAAUUCUUAGAUGUACUCGAAGCUUUAGCGUUAAGGUUAGUUGUCAUUGAUAGAUUAGAAAGAGAAAAAGGAAAGUUAAAAAGGUAGGACGAGGAAGAAAAAGAUGUGCUAGGAGAAGAUAAAUAUGAGAAACAAGGCUCUCUAAUUGAACAAUAAAAGGAAAUUAAGAAAAAGAUACAAUAGGAUAUCAAUAAACUAUAAUUCAAUGAAGAUGCAUAAUAAAUUCAGGCAGUUAUUGAAAUGUAAAAAGGGAUGGAAAAAAGAAAAACCUUGGGACCUAAGGAUGAACUAGCUUCUCCUUUCACAUCUGUACAUCAAGCAGCAGCUUUGGAGUCUGUUAAGCAUAUGAAAUUUAUCAUUUAGAAGAGAAAACAACUCAAGAAAAGUCAGAACGGAAGUAGAGUGAUAAGCAGCAAUGAAAGCAAUGAAUAGACUUCAGAGACACCUCUUAAUAAAAAAAAGACUUAAAAGGUUAUUUUGGAAAAUGAGCACUCGAAGAUCGAGGAAGAUGCUAGAGAAGACCAUCAGAGUGACGAAGAGUAAAAGAAAAAGAUCCCAAGAGUGGACUGA